GCCUCAGUAGGCGCCUGCAUACUGGCUAAAUUGAGGCAAAAUGCCCGGCUUUUGGGGGCGGGGCUCUUGGCAACAGCACACUCUGCGCAAGCGCAGAGGUGACCUCCUCCCUGUGCCAAGCAGGGGGUGGGUAGGGUCGCUUGGCGCCCUCUGCGCCUGCGCCAGGGCACAAGGUGGGGCCGCGGGCGCCCGCAUUCUGGCGUGCGCACAAGGGUAGGGGGCAACGAUCAACUGUCACCCUGAGGUGGGUGGCAGCAGGAUGGCGACGGCCUCUGGGUCCUCGGACUUGGCUGGCUCCGGAGCGCCCUCGCCUGGUGGGGGAGCCCAGGCGGCGGCAGCUGAGGAGGAGGAGCGAGAGGUGGUGCGGGUCCGAGUCAAG